AUGAGACUUGAGCACAGAUCAGCUAUACUCAAGGGAUUCGAGCUCCUUGUGCUCGAGCUGAACAUGCUUGCCUUGUUCCUCUGCAAUCUGAAGCUGGCUCUUGAGGUGUUCUCGCUCGUGUUCCUCUGCAAUCUGAAGCUGGCUCUUGAGGUGUUCUCGCUCAUGGUGGAGGAGAAUCACAAUCCCUUGGGCCGUUUCGGCCUGUUCGAUCGCUGA